AUGGGCCAAUUUGCAAGUUCAGACAAUUCGCAUUCAAGGAAUACAUCACUUGAGCUGUUCACAAAACUGCAGAUCAUUACACUCUUCCGGUGGAGAGUAAUGAACUUACUCUCUAAGUCUGAGCAAGCAUUGGUGAGCCAGAAACUCAACGUGACUGUAGCCAACGAUGCUCAUACUGUGAUAACAUACUCGGACCUAGCAUAUUUACUUCAGUUGCAGAAUGACAAGAACAUCGAUGUUCUGUCUGUUCAUUCGGACUUUGCUACUGCUAUUAAGAUCUUGUAUGGAUCAUUUAAGGUAUUGGGCAAUCUACCUUUCCUACAAGACUGCUUAAAUCCUGAUCAUGAUGACCAACUCACGCUUAAUGGAUUGAUCAUCGCAUCACUUGUGCAUACUGGCCGGAUCAACAAGAUAUGGCAAGAUAUUGACUACUUGAAGUUGAUCUUCAUGUCACUUUCAUUAUCCACCAAUUCCAUUGGCCACACGCUCAAUGAGAAAUCUGAUAAUGGAGAGGUGGAGAAAAGUGCCAGAGAAACUACCCCGGACGAUCCGUAUGUAGCAGAAGUCUUAGAACUUCCAAAUGGAUACCAAGAUGAUACCAGCACGAACACAACGGCGAAACGGAUCCGGUGGAGUACUUUCAAGCCGCUCAAAGAAUAUGACGAGCUUGAGGUUGAGUCUAUGGAAGUCUCAGCGAGCGUUUUGGUACAAAUUUUUACGCUUUUGCUCAUUUGUAACUCGAUUCCCCAGAAAGCUCAUCUGGAAAUGCAGAAAGAGCUACAAACAAGUAUAAACAACAAAUGGGGCGAAUUCAAACAGUCUGCCAUACUCCUCGUUCGUUAUUUGAACGUAGAGAUAACUGCGUCUAACUUGAGCACUGUAAUGGUCACUUUUGACCAAUUCAAAUCAGGCAUAGAAACUGGAUUCCGUGAUUUCGUUCCCCUGGCUUUUGCAAAGUUGUUCAAACAUGGUAUUUUCUCACUAGUCGUAGCAGAGGCUUUACCCGAUGCUCUUCCCGAGGAAAAGAAUGACGACGACGAUGAAGAUCAUAAGAAAACCAAGAAAACCAUUAAGUUUGAAGAAACGAGGUUAGUUAAUACAGCCACCCUUGCCUACGUUUCUGUGUUCCUCAACACGGUUGGCGUUGGAUACACAGUGUCGCCAUCCAAUCUUGUUCUGCUCUACAAUGGCUCCAAUAGCGGAUUUUCCAUUCGCUCAUUGGAGCUGAAAAUCAUCAAGUGGCAGGCUCCUACGCUCUUUCUUGUUUCUGGCAAACGAUUACGGCAUAAAACAAUGACCACCAACAAGCGAUACCAGCUGUUUGACUCAGAAUAUCCUCGAUACUUCAGGUCCACGGAAGAUCCUCACCGGGAAUGGCAAUCUGACAACGACAAGAUCACUUAUUUGAUUUAUGUGCAUCAGCCAUGGAGAAACUCCAACAAGAAAAAUUUUGGAGACGAGAACACCGCAAUCAUGUGUGUUUCCCCUCGUUAUGACUUCUUCAAGUCAAAACCAGAUCCUAUCAACCAGGGCCGGCUGAUUUACUUUAACAACUUGGGGAUGGGACUUGGAUUUGGCAACGACCAACCUGUUAACAAGAACAACGUGCGCAAGUAUUUGCCUGGGUCUGUCUCGUUGACUUUGGAAGCCAAUCUAGAGUUUGGAGUGUUUAGACACAUAGCAAAUUCCAGCGCCAAUACACCCAGCUAUUUUAAUCGGUCAGAGCAACAGGUGGUGCAAAGCCAAGACUACGAAGAUCGGUUUAUGAUCACUGAUUUGGAAGUAUGGGGUGUUGGGUCGACCAAGGAGUUGGACGAACAAAGGAAACAAUGGGAAUGGGAGGAGAAACAAGCCAAAGCUCGUCAGAGCGUGAAUAUGCGGACCUUGGGUGAGGACAGAGCAUUCCUUGAGAUGGUGGGUCUCGUUGGGAACCAUGCAGGAGGUUCCAUGGGGUAA